GUUCGCAACGUUUACCUUCGCUGUGGACACGCUUUCAACCUCCCGGAUGAAUUGAUCGUCUGUGACAGUUCCAAAUGCAGGUUCAGCCCUAACCAUCCUGCCACCUGCGUUCCGCCCUCGUGCAAGCAGACGUGCUGCCAGUAUCGCCAGUACCCUCAGCAAUAUUCCCCCAACAUCAAUAGAUUCUGCCCCGGAUGCGAGCAGGCCGGGCACCGCUGA